CGCGCGCGCGUGCGUGAAGGCAGCGCGCGCACCAGGAGUGCGUGUGGCUGCGGGGAGCGGUGGUCGCGCGCAGGAAGCGAGCGCCGCCCGCACCGCAGCAGGUGCCAGUGGCGCGCCGGAGGAGGUGUGAGCCUUGUAUGUAGCAUAUGGCAGAAAUUGAGGCCAAGCCGUGAGAGGCCCUGAGGUUAAGGUCCUGUGCCUUCCAUACUUGUCAGCUGCUGUGGAUGGCCCCGGCUGUCUCGACUGCCCUUCCCGAUAGGAUGUCACUGAGGUCCCUGAAGUGGAGCCUGCUGCUGCUGUCUGUGCUGAGCUUCCUGGCGAUGUGGUACCUCAGCCUUCCGCACUACACUGCCACCGAGCGCGUCAACUGGGCGUACUUCUAUGAGUACGAGCCAGUUUACAGGCAAGACUUCCGCUUCACGCUCCGGGGACAUUCGAACUGCGCUCAGCAGAGCCCGUUCCUGCUCAUCCUUGUGACCUCGCGCCCCGCAGAUGUGAAAGCCAGACAAGCCAUUAGAGUUACCUGGGGUGAAAAAAAGUCCUGGUGGGGAUAUGAGGUUCUUACAUUUUUCUUAUUAGGCCAGCAGGCUGAAAGGGAAGACAAAAUGUUAGCCUUGUCCUUAGAGGAUGAACAUCUUCUCUAUGGCGACAUUAUACGGCAAGAUUUUUUAGACACAUACAAUAACUUGACCUUGAAAACCAUUAUGGCUUUCAGGUGGGUAACUGAAUUUUGCCCCAAUGCCAAGUAUGUCAUGAAAACAGACACUGAUGUUUUCAUCAACACUGGCAAUUUAGUCAAGUAUCUUUUAAACUUAAACCACUCAGAGAAGUUUUUCACGGGGUAUCCUCUAAUUGAUAACUAUUCCUAUAGAGGAUUUUUCCAGAAAAACCAUAUUUCAUACCAGGAGUACCCUUUCAAGGUGUUCCCUCCCUACUGUAGUGGGCUGGGCUACAUUAUGUCCAGCGACCUGGUGCCAAGGAUCUAUGAAAUGAUGGGUCAUGUGAAACCCAUCAAGUUCGAAGACGUUUACGUCGGCAUCUGUUUGAACUUGUUAAAAGUGGACAUUCAUAUUCCAGAAGACACAAAUCUCUUCUUUCUGUAUAGAAUACACUUGGAUGUAUGUCAGCUCCGACGUGUGAUCGCGGCCCAUGGCUUCUCUUCCAAGGAGAUCAUUACGUUUUGGCAGGUUAUGCUGAGGAACACCACGUGCCAUUAUUAAGCCUGU